UUUUUAAUUGGUGGCGCGUUCGCGUAGUGCCGAGCGCCCGACGUGAUUUUUUUUUUUCUCGAUUGGAUGCAUACGUUGUGCUGGCGGCUCCAAGCAGGGUACGCGCGCGUGUCCUGUGGUAGUCGUCGUAAUUUUGGAACAUAUAACAUAAUGCCCCGAGUAUCGGUGUCCGAUACGCUGGCCACCUGCUAUCUCCGGCGGCUGCGUGAGCGUCCUGGCGACGCUGGAAUUGCCUCAUUGAAGCUGCUGGAGGGGCUGAAAGGGUGGGACUUGGUGGAGAAGCUGCAUUCUAUCGGCGUCGCCAAUCCUGGGGAGCUGGCGAGGUUGCUUGAGGAAGAAGACCCAUUUGAGGGGCCUCUACUGCUGCACGUCAUUUUUCGAACGUGGUUUCAGUGCCCGGCCACCGAAGCAGAUCGGUUCUCGUUGCCCGACAUCCGAGACCACGAGCGGGAGAAGGAUUUCAAGUCGGGGGAGGGGUUCAUCUACUACCAGCACCUGAGGAAAGCGGGGGGCACGGGGUUCUGCGAGAUGGCCGGCAGGCGAGAGAGGCAGCGGAGGAACAUGCCGGCGCGAGAGGUACCGAAAUACCACUGCAUGCCGGACAACAGGGGUGCCAUGGCGACCCCGCCGUGGUCUGACAAGCACUUCCUGCUGGAGAAGAUGAAAAAAAACGGCCACCGCAUCACUGCCAACGAGUGGGAUGCUUUCCCCAAGUCUCACCUCACCCUGCCGGGGGCUGUCUUUGUGACAACCUUCAGCCAGUACCGGUUCGAGCACGUGGAGCACCGGGACGGUUCCGACCCGAAGAAAGAGCGCAUGCCGUUCGACGUGUGGUACAAACGGAUGAGGCCGUACAUUAUGGGGGACAACUACUACGUGAAGACUUUCUGCGGCAAGCCGAACCCGCCCGCUGAGAAGCUCAUGCAGGUCACCUGGGAGGACCUCAAGAUGGCGAUGGAGAUUCUUCGAAUGUUCAACCUCAUCUUGGUCCUGGAGUUUGUCGACGAUGAGAUGUGGGCGUUGGAGGAAGCUUUGGGCUGGACCCAGGCACGGAAACAGGUGAGUGUGUGUGUCAUACAUGACGCGGCGAGUUCGGGGACAAUAGGUAGCGACAGGUAGUAUCGUCGUGGCCCUCAAGCGGUACAUACAUGACGCCGCUAUCACCGCACAUGACUACCCCGUUUCUCCACACAUGAGAGCCGAGCGCCGGUGUGAAUCCCCUCCUCCCCCUCGAAGCCGCGAAUCAGUUCG